UACUGAACACGGAGCAGGGCACAGAGGAUUGGAUGUGGCAUUUAAUUCUAGUUAUGAUGAUGGUACUUUCCCUUUAAAUCAUUUCCUCUUGCACCUGUUUUAAAAAAGUCCCAAUACAUUAUUCAUGAGGAGAAUCACACAAAGCCUGUAAUUAGCCAGGCAUGUGCCUUUCAGACCUAUGGUUAGACAUUCCCAGUUGACCUAGAUGUGAAGCUCUUGCACGGUAAAGAUUCAAUAUUCUUAACAUAUACAGUAAUGCUUUGGAAUCUGGCAUUCCUAGUAUUCUCUUCCCUCUGGAGUUUCUCCUUCCCCUGUGACAAAAAACAUGCAGUAGCUCGGCAACAAGGGGACAUUAUGAUUGGAGGGAUCUUUCCUAUUCAUGAGGAUGGCAUUUUCAAGCAAUUUGAGAAUAUUUUUUCAGAGGAUUUCCAAUGUACCGGGUUGCGAUUGCGACAUAUAAUUGAUGCCAUGUCCAUGAUAUAUUCAAUAGAAAAAAUAAACAAUUCCACGUUAUUACCAGGGAUUACCCUGGGCUAUGAAAUUUAUGAUUCCUGUUCCAGUGCACUGAAAGCAGUGCAAGCCAUAACGUACCUUAUACCCGAGACUGUUGCUGUGAACAACUCUACCAACUGCAACAGCCACACAGACAUUAUACCUACCAUCAAAGCUGUAAUUGGAGAAGAGUACUCAGAAAUGUCCAUUGCAAUUUCCAGGAUUCUCAACAUCCAUUUAAUUCCACAGAUAAGUCCUUCAUCGUCUGCCGUUGUUCUCAGUGAUAAAGUCAAAUUCCCUUCUUUUCUACGCACCAUCCCUAAUGAUAAUCACCAAACCCUGGCUUUAGCCAAGCUAGUUGGUACAUUUGGAUGGAACUGGGUUGGGAUCAUUUCAACAGAUGAUGAUUACGGGCGCUCUGCUGUUGAACAGUUGAACAUUUUCUUUAAACAAGAAGGAGUAUGUAUUGCUUUCACCAAAAUAAUACCUACAUAUAUUGAUCAUCCAGAUUUGCCAGAUUCAUUAAACAAUAUCAUAAAUGAGCUCACCAACUCCUCUACAGGCUCUACAGCCUCUACAGACGUUGUAAUUGUUAUGGCUAAAACUCAGAUUGUUUCUAAGCUUUUUGAUGAAUGCAUCAAAAUGAAUAUAACUAAAACGUGGAUCGCAAGUGACAUCUGGGCAACAUCAAAUGAAGUGUCAAGUGCUGAAGAAAUUAAAAAAGUUGGAACUAUACUUGGACUUAAUUUCAAAGGAGGCAACGUCCCAGGGUUUGCAGACUAUCUGAAAGAUCUCAAAGUAUCAAAAAAUGGAGAAAUUAACAAGUUCAUUAGAGAGUACAAGAACUUACGAUUUGGGUGCACAGAGGAUUACAUAAAAUAUCUGGAAUGUGUAAAUUCAUCAUCAAAAUACUGUGUGCUUACUGAUUCAAUAGAAAAAAAAUCUCCCUUGGCAUGUAAAGUGAAGGAUGUUUUGGGGGCAAAUGAUGAUUAUUUACUACAGAUUGUUGAAUGGCGAGCAGAAUACAGUACAGCUCUUGCCGUAAAUGCCAUAGCUCAAGCUCUCAAAAACAUUUUGUGCAAAAAAGGCAAAUGUGACAUUGACUGGAAUCUGCCACCAAAUCAGCUACUCAAUGAGCUAAAAACAGGGCAUUAUCAUUUUAAUGAGGAGAAGUUCAACUUUGAUAGCUAUGGUGAUGUGCUAAUAGACUAUGAUAUCAUUUACUGGAAACCUACUGACAACACCAUUGAAUUCCUGACCAUCGGGGCAUAUAAUACUACUGCAGGCAAAGUGAACAUAGAGAGAAAUAAUAUUACAUGGCAUACAAAAGACAACCAGGUGCCAUUUUCGAAUUGCUCAAAAUGCAAGCCUGGUUUUUCCAAAAAACAUUCUGAUAUCGCCUGCUGUUAUAAGUGUAUAGAGUGUACUGAAGGAUACUACACUCCUGAAGCUGACAUGACUGAAUGUUCAAAGUGUCCUAUCUACCAGUGGUCAGAUAACGGAAGUUCUUACUGUACAAACAGGACAACUCAGUAUUUAGAAUGGAAAAACCCAUAUGCUGUAUCACUUAUGAUUUUUGUAGCCAUUGGCAUUGUUGCUGUGUUAUUAAUAGUCAUUCUGUUUAUAAAGCACAGAGACACUCCAGCAGUUAAAGCAGCCGGGGGUAAUUAUACAUAUCUGUUGGUUUCAUCCUUAUUACUUAGCUUGAUGAGUACUAUCUUUUUCAUUGGUCAGCCAAGUAAUAUUUCCUGCCAAAUCAGACAACCUUUUUAUGGUAUCAGUUUUACCCUGUGUGUUUCUGGCAUCCUAAUAAAAUCUUUACGGAUUCUUUUAGCCUUUGAGUCAGGUAAAAGAGGACACAAAGUAGUGUUUUUUCAACCAAUAAUUAUUAUUUCCACAUCGACUUUUCUUCAGAUUUGCAUUUGUGCAAUAUGGCAGGCUGUAAAAUGUCCUUUCUUGAGUGAAAGCUACUCAGUGCCUAAGCUCCAUAUUUUGCAAUGCAAUGAAGGUUCCUAUGUGGCUUUUAGUGUCAUGCUGGGAUAUAUUGGAUUGCUUGCUUUUAUAUGCUUCAUAUUAGCCUACAAAGGAAGGAAGUUGCCUAAGAAAUACAACGAGGCCCGAUGUAUCACCUUCAGCAUGCUCACAUACAUGUUUGUAUGGAUUGCCUUUAUCCCUAUAUAUAUGAAUACCAGUGACAUGUAUGUGUCUGCAGUACAGGUUUUUGCUAUUUUGGCUUCUGUUUAUGGUGUUAUCUUCUGCCACCUUUUGCCUGUAUCAUAUAUUGUACUUUUCAAAGGAAACACCAACAACACAGAAAGGUACAUGAACAGCAUCCGUGCAUUUUGGAUUAAGAAACCAGAAAUCUCACUUCCCCAAAAUAAAGUGUUUUAUACUACACAUUCUAAUUCUAUACUAAGGAAACGCUGCAGGAGUUUUUAAAGAUUCAAAUUAAUGAUAUGGCUCAGUGCAGUGGACCAUUUGGGCCAUUGGCUCUGUUUGCUAAUUGCAUCUCACUUAAUUCUUCAAACCUUCAAACAGUUUGGGGGAAGGGAAUUUGUUGGAAAAGGAUCCUUGGAUCAUGACUCAAAAAUUGCAAAAUGUGCACAUUCGCAAUAAACUUGCAAGGGCUUGCCCUGCUUGACCUGC